AUGGGACACACUCUGCUUACCUAUUCUGACUACUUCCACCCUGAUGAUGUUGACCGUCUCAGAGAAGCCAUUAAGCCUUUUACCAACCAGACCUCCCCCGGCGUUGUAGAAGCCAUCCUCAGUGCCGUGGAGACACUUAAGAAGAUGAUGGAUGCUCCAAACGGUGACCCGACUGACAUCAUCCUUGGGCGAAAAAUUGAAUAUCUGCAAAGUGGGAACCUCAGCUCAGCUGCAGUCACUGACCUUCAUCUGCUUUCCAUGGACUUUAUGAGGCUCUUCACUCCUGAGGGCCUCCAGAACCUCACUCAGGCUGGACCGGAUGCUGCCCUGGACACCGUUAUCCAGAAGUUAGUGGCAUUCCUACCACCCCAACUCCAACAGAACGCUACGAAAUUUCUCCAAGAUUUCAAAGCACUGCAGCAUAACAUGACCAAAUGUGGCCAGAACUGUUCGGCUGGAAUCUCAGAAAUCUUCAAGUUCCUGGAUCAGAUUUUAGACACAAUGCUCUCAGCAAAUGGCAAUGUCACCAUCAAAAUAGCUUUAACCAAUUCUGUUCGGGAGGUACUUGAGCGUGAACAAAUUGCAUCCUUGGUCUUCUCACUCCUCCUCCCACCAAAUGAAGCCGCCUAUGUGGAAACAUUCAAGCAGACCCUCCAUUUCAUCAGACUGGUCAUGGCUACACCAAAUGUCACGGUAUCCGACAUCCAGAACGCCCUGAGACAGUCAAACCUAACUGUUCAGGAUCUGAAAGACAUCUCUGCGCUCGGUGGGGCUUCCAACAUAAAUGACCUGAUGGUAAAUAUGAUGGAGAUUGUCAACGUUCGCCAGUGUUUUGAACCUCAAAAUGACACGAUGAAGACAUCUCAGUGUGUUCAGGGAUUGAUAAAGGGGGUCAGCGGUUUUCUUGCACAGCUGCCUGCUCUCCGCAAUCACACCGCUACCCUGUCUCUCAUCCCGUUAAUGGUCAAUGAAACCGUCAGUGACAUCAUUCAAGGCAACUUCAGCUCCAGUCCUAACAAAGUUCUCGCAAACGCCUUGAACAGCACGCUGGACAAUAUCAAGAUGAGCCUCCAGCUGAACCACCUGGACACUCCAGAGAUCAUGAAAGAAAUCGCAGUAGUGGAGCGUCUGAUACAACUGAUUUGCAACAUGGACCCAUAUCAGAAUCUCAACUCCACCUUGAUGAUGGACCCUAUGUAUGCCGAGAAAGUGUAUCUAAAGCUUGUGGGAUGGUACUUGAAAAGACUGGAAAAUGUCACCAGCAACAGUUCAGUGUCACAUUUCCUUCAGCCCUUCUUCCACAUGGCACAAAUCGAACUGACCUUACAGCUGGCACAAACAAACUUCUCUGCGUUUGUCACUGACAAGAUUGAGUUCCUGUUGAAAACCCUCAAGUACCCAAUAGAUGGUGCAGGACUGAGCAAAAUUGGCCAGACAACAAUUGAGAUUUUCCGGCGUUAUUGGGACAUAACAAAGCUAAACCUAGUGACUCAGAAUGAGCUUCAAGGUUUUGAAGUGUUCAACACAACUGUUCUGAAUGCCGUUGAGUACCAAAUGAACGUCUAUCUUGACUGCAUACAGACGUGGAUGAAACAGCCCAAUGUCUCAUUGGUCCUUAAUAAUACGCUCCAAUGGGGAAACUCCUCCAUGAUGCCGUCUACCCUUUUGACAGACGUCCAGGGCUUGCUUAAUACGAUGGCUAAUUGUCUCAGUGAAGACGAAGUGGCCUACCUCUCCAAAAUUGGCAAUAUCACCCAGGCCCUGAGCAAAGCCCUGAUGGUUGCAGAACAACCAGGCGGCCUUCAGAGUGAGGACUUCCAAGCUGCCAUGUUGGGAGCGGUCAAAAAAGCUAUGCAGCUCCUAACCAAUGCCACGGCUCCCCUGCCGCAACCGGUGCAGCAGAAUAUCCUGGGAAUUGUGCAAGACUCUCUGACUCUCAUUGUCCAUCAAAACAUGAGUUUUGCCUCAUCACGUAACAUCUCCCUCCUCCUGCUGAAGCGAAUGGAGACGGUCAUCCAACAAAUGGUGCCAGAAACGUUUGCGGACUACCUGCUUUCCGGAGUCAUGGUUGUAACCACAUACUUUGAGAGCAUCUCUGAAGUCAGUGGGUCAGACAGCUGGAACCAAAUAAUUUUGAAUGAGAUGAAGACAGUCCAGAGCCUCCUGCCGCCAAACUCCACAGCUCAGGCCUACGUCUCUGUCCUCAUUAACAUCACUCAUCUCAUCUUGGAGUCUGGCCAAGGCAACAUGAGUCUCUGGGCAAGUUUUGAGAAUGCAACAGUAGAAAAUUUGCCAAAAAUGAUUGGCCAGAUGUGGAACCUCUUCAGCAAGGUUUGGCAGCUUGUCAUGGGAGGCACACCUGCAACCGCUCCAUCUCUGAAGGGUUUUACUCAACUUGUUCCAGUAAUACAGCAGGUGAUGACUGGAAAGGCAGACCAAGACACGUGGGACAAAUUCGAACAGAUGCUGAAAGCUCUAUUGUCAGCCCUCGAAGGAGCACAACCGUUGGACCCAUCUGUUACCCCAGUGCUGGAAAAAGUCAUAGAAAGCUUGGUGAAGAACAUGCGUGCAGAGAACGUGAUGAUUCUAAGCCUUCAGACGCCCGUGGUGACUCUGAUGACAGAAAUGGCACAGUCCAUGAACACCAGUCAUUUCAACCUGUCUGAGGCCUCGGAAAGAAUGCAGGUCGCCAUCGAACGCACAGUACAAGCAGCCCAGCAGGCUAAUGGCACACUGAAGUGCCGUGAAGUUCUCCGAGCAUGGGAGCCGAUGAGAGAGGCGGCGGGGUUAAGCAAUGUGACCAUGGCUAUGUGGUGCAACAUCAGUCUGCAGCCUGUUUUGGAGUCCUAUGCUGCAGCCCAGGCGGUCUACUCCCAGCUGAACACAACUCACAUGGGUGUGGGACCAAUCAGUGUGAGCGCCGCGGCUGCCAGGAUCGUCAAGAGUGUACAGUCUCUCUACGACGUCAGCAUUUACCGCACAGUUGUGGCAGAGAAGUUGGUCAUGACUUUCUUCAAGCAGCUCUCCAUGCUGACAGACUUGCCUCUGAGCCCCGGGGCACAGCAUUACUUGUUCAAGCAGCUCCAGGACAUGCAGGCGCAAAACAGUUUGUCUUCCAUCAAAAUGCUCUCAGACGAGUUGCUUCGUGUGGCCCCCUACCUACAGCCGUACACCGAAGCUAUAAUGAAAGCACUGAGCCACGUCCUGGAAAAUCCCCAGCGCUUUCAGAACAGCAGCUCAUCGGAGAAGCUCUUCGAAGAAGCGGCAAUGAUUUUCCUGACCUCUGCAAACAUCACCUCAUCUGACAUCCCCGCCAUGAUGUGGGGAAAUUUCACCGGACUUAACGAGACAUCUCUUAUCGACACGAUGAAGGAUGCCGUCAAAAUGAUGAUCGACAUGAAGGUGUUGGGGGACGUGCCUAUGGUUUACCAGGCCUUGGAGCAAUUUCUGGCAUUCAAUGACACAAGCUUGAUCGUGCAGAAGGUGGCUGAGAUGUCGGAGUGGUUGGCCUCCACCCAAGCGUCUGGACUGGAUCUGCUGAGUCAGGCUCUGCCCAGAAUACACGACAUCCUCAAGCCUCUCUUGUCCGUCCUGGCCGAGAUGAGUAUGGACAUGGAAGCAAAUGUGGAACUGUUUGAAAACCUGGCUGAGAACGUAAUUGCAAUGCUUCAGCAGUGGGUACGCACUGGUAGUCCUCUGCCCCCCAUGAACAACCGUCCCAGGAUUGGGUCAGAUAUGAUGGGCAACAACCGCAGAGUCAGACAAAGACGCGAAGCCCCUGUGAUGAUGAUGAUGAGGGACCCAAUGGAUGACUUCAUAGAGCUGUUCAACAUCGACUACCCAGCCAUGUUCAGAGCCCUCGCUGUCACUCCUACCACACAAGAGGUUAUGGAGACAGUCCACGUGUUCUUUGCCAACCCCGAUCUGGGUGUUGUGCUGAAGGGAGCUACUCAUGGCAUGCCGUGGGGCUUUAACGCCUCUCGGGAAGAGACUGUUGACACUGCCCUGGGGUUGCUCUCCUCCCUCACUGUCCCUGGCAUGCUUCUAAUGCCACCAACAGAUGUCGCAGCCAAUGUUGCUGAUAUGAUCCCUGAAGGCUUCCCGUUCUCCACUGAGAUUAAAGAUCUCAUCAGAGCGCUGGCCAAUGAAUCUCAAGACAGCCGGAUACUGAUGCAGCAGACCUUCCAAACAGCUGCCGAGCUCCUCAAGAUCAACCUGACAGACCCGCAAUUCACAGAGCAACUGGGCCACCUGAAAUCCCAGGUGUGUGUCUUGGAGAAUAAGGACUCUGCGCGCCUGAUAAUGGAGACCCUCUCGAUCGGGCCUGGCCUGCUCUGCCAAACGCUCUUUCCCCUCCUGGAAGUCUUGGUCGAGAGUCUACAAAUGAACACGAGCGCCAUGUCGGACGCCGUCUUCCAGACCGUCGUCGGAGACCCCAUGAGCUACAACUUCCAUGCAAACUGGAGCUCUGUGAUGAGCAAAGGUCUGGGCUUUAACACCAGCAGCCUGAGGUCUCUCAACAUUAACGCCACCUCCCCAGGAGCCAUGACAGUCGGCGAGAUGCUGAAGAACAAAACAGCCUUUGUAUUGGACGUCGAACGACACAUGAAUUUUGAUCCGGCAGCUCUUCACCUCCUGAUGAACACCACUCUACCGAACAAUAAUGUCGAGAUCCUCUCCUGGUUGGUGAACGUGAGUCACUGCAACACCUCAGCGUCCGCUGAAAAGAAUCAGCCAGAUGAGGUCAUCUUGAAGACCUUCUGCUCCAUGUCUGUGACGCAGUGGUACGAAUUCUCGCUGCUGACGGCGAGGCACGUAAAACUGGAGAAGCUCGUCUACAGAUUCGUGCUGUCUGAAGACAUGCAGAGCGUGGUGGGAGUCAUGGCUAAGAUGGUUCAAUCUCUAACAGACAUGAUGGACAGGAUUCUUCCCGCUUUCAAUCAACUGCAGAGCUACCUGCUCUCCAUCGAGGACCUCAACUUUGCCGCCAGCAAUGAAUUUAAACAGAUGACAAGAGGACAGAGGAGCACCAUCUCUACCCAGGCCACGUUCGUGACCCUCUCCCGAGCGCUGUGCAACAACGGCAUCAUGGCUCUGUUUGGGAUCUCCAAACUCCCGGCCGUGUCCGAGCCAAGCCCCUCCUUCACCGACAACAAGCAGAGGGAGGAGAUGAUCGACAGGUUCAAGAUUCCACGAAAUGCCACUCCCUUCUGUCAGAACAUGUACCUGGACAUGGUCAAUACCACCGGAGGAGCCAUCGCGUGGGCCUUCAUCAAACCAAUGCUCAUGGGAGAGAUCCUGUACACGCCUGACACUCCCACCACCAGGGACAUCAUGGAAAAGGCCAACGCCACCUUGCAGGAGUUUGCAAAUCUGAGGAAAUAUUCCGAGGAAUGGAUCAAAUCCUCCAGCUACAUCAUGGAUUCUGCCAAAAUCCUCAGCCACACUCUGCCAAUGCUGCAGAAUUCCCUCGGCAAUUCCUUUGUGAAGAAUUUCAUUGAGAUGCAGACAGACAUCAAUGUCGGCAGAAUGAAGGAGACGCUCAGCAACUUCUCUAACAUGACGCUGAUGCUGGAGCAGAACAAACACAUCCUGAAGCAGAUCACCACCUUGUCCACCUUGAUGGUGAGCCUCUCCUCCUGCGUCAAGUUCGACCGCUACCGUGGCUUCGACUCUGAAGACCAGCUCAACUCAGAAGCUCAGGAGCUCGCCAAAAACCGCAACCUCUACGCAAGUGUCAUCUUCAAGCUUCCCAAAGAUGAGGAUUCAUCCAGGAAGGCCAGAUCCACGUCCUCCCUGCCUCCCAGAGUCAAGUACACCAUCCGCAUGCACAUGGACAAUGUCAUGCGUACCGACAGAGUCCGGGACCCCUACUUUGUGAAGGACACGCACAUGCAGGGCAGCACCAAGAUGCGCUACAACCGUGGAUUCGUCUACCUGCAGGAGAACAUUGAUCGGGCUAUCAUUGAGAGCCAGACUGGGCGGAGAGUCACAGACACAGCCGUGCAGAUACAACCCUUCCCCUAUCCAUGCUUUCUUCGAGAUGAGUACCUGGAGGCCAUCUCUUUUGUCUUCCCGCUCAUGCUGAUGAUCGCCUGGGUGCUGUUCGUGGCCCAAUUUGUGAAGAAACUGGUGCACGAGCGAGAGCUGAGACUGCAUGAGUACAUGAAAAUGAUGGGGGUCAACCCGCUCAGCCACUUCUUCGCCUGGUUCCUGGAAUGUGCCGCCUACCUGGUGCUGACCAUCGUCAUCCUCACGCUGGUGCUGAAGUACGGCAACAUCCUGAGCAACAGCGACGGUUUCCUCAUCUUCCUCUACCUCUGCGACUACGGUUUGAGCAUCCUGGCCUUCAGCUACCUGGUCAGCUCCUUCUUUGACCAAACCUACAUCGCCGGCCUGAGCGGCAGCCUCCUGUACAUCCUCUGCUUCUUCCCCUUCAUCAUAGUCAUGUCCAUGGAGACUAAUCUCACCUUUUCCCAGAAGAGCCUUCUGAGUUUGUUCUCCCCGACCUGCUUCAGUUACGCCAGUCAAUAUGCCUCUCGCUACGAGGCCCAAGGAGAAGGAAUUCAGUGGAGCAACUCGUACACCUCGCCCAUUGCCGGAGACACGGCCUCGUUCGGCUGGCUGUGCUGGCUGAUGCUCAUCGACUCCAUCCUCUACUUCAUCGUCGGGGCUUACAUCCGCAUGGUCUUUCCAGGAAAAUACGGCAUCCCCGCCCCGUGGUACUUCCCCUUCAAACUCUCCUUCUGGGCCGACCUGUGCUCCUGCAGGAAGUCAAAGAGCAGGAUGAGCACAGGGCUCCUCUUCACCAACAUCAUGCAGAACAAUCAGCCCGUCUUCUCCGACGACAAGGGAAAAGGCACCAGCAAUCUUUCCUCCACGGCCGGCGAGAAUUUCUCAGAGCUCCCAGUGGGCGUCGCCCUCCACGGCCUCAGCAAGAUCUACGGCGACAAAGCGGCCAUUGAAAACCUUAAUGUUUCCUUCUAUGAGGGCCAUGUCACCUCGCUGCUCGGUCACAACGGAGCCGGCAAGACCACCACGAUGUCGCUCCUGACAGGCCUUUUUGCCCCGACUUCGGGCACCAUUGAGGUCUACGGCAGAGACAUGCAGGCAGACAUCGACGCUGUCCGCCAAGACCUGGGCGUCUGCAUGCAGUACGACGUCCUCUUUGAGCACAUGACCUCCGAGGAGCACCUGCUGCUGUACGGCCAGAUCAAGGCGCCGCACUGGUCCAACACAGAGCUGCGCCAACAAGUCCGCACGAUUCUGGAGGAGACAGGCAUGUACGCUCACAGACACAAGCGGGUGGGCACCCUGUCAGGCGGCAUGAAGCGCAAGCUGUCAAUCUCCAUCGCCUUCAUAGGGGGCUCUCGCUUGGUGGUUCUGGAUGAACCCACCACAGGAGUCGAUCCCUGCUCCAGGCGCAGCAUCUGGGACAUUGUUCUCCAGCACAAGAAACAGCGCACCAUCAUCAUGUCCACCCACCACCUGGAUGAGGCUGAAGUGCUGAGCGACCGCAUCGCCUUCCUGGAAAGAGGAGGAUUAAAAUGCUGCGGAUCCCCCUUCUACCUGAAAGACAAGCUGGGUCAGGGCUACAAACUCACCCUCACCAAGAAGAUUCAAAACUCAGAAUCCGAGAAGAUUGACAACGCUGAACUGAAGGCCUUCAUCCAAACCCAUGUACCUGAAGCACGGCUAAAAGAGGCCCAAGGGGGCGACUUGGUCUACUCACUGCCCCCCUUCACCUCAUCCAACGCCUCCUCAUACCGCUCCCUCCUGACCGCGCUGGACUCCAACCUGGACGCCCUACAGCUGGGGGGCUAUGGCAUCUCUGACACCACGCUAGAGGAGGUGUUCCUCCAGUUGACUCAUGGAAACACAGGAGCUGAGGACGGCCUCCUGUCUAUCUCAGAGACGGUCUCUGACACGGCGUCCCUCGACAGCUUCCAUUCAGACCACAGCGACAGCGGCUCCGGCUUCGGUGACAAGAUCGAGCUCACCAGUCCGUCCACGGUGCAGGGCAUGGCCCUGGCCUGGCAGCAGGUGUCGGCCAUACUCGUCAAGAGGUUCCACCACAGCCGCAGAGACUGGAAGGGCUUGAUGUCCCAGAUCCUGCUUCCUGUCCUGUUUGUGAUCUUUGCCAUGGGCCUGGGUUCGAUCAAGAGCGACCUGCGUCACUAUCCGGAGAUGGAGCUCAGCCCCGCGCUCUACAACGUUGGGCCAAGCUACUCUUUCUUCAGCAACCAAAACCCCCGCUCCAGCCAUCUGGCGGACACCAUGAUGUCAUUCCCAGGGAUCGAUAACGCCUGCCUCGACAAGUCUGAUAACCUGGUCUGCACAAGAAACACAAACAGCUGGAGCUCCAGAGGGAACAGCUCCAGCACAUUUAACGUCUGUAAAUGCACCGAAAAGGAACAGGUUUGCGACGUGAACAAGCACCAGCCCCCCCACAGACGGAUCCCCUCGUCUCAGACUGUUUACAAUCUGAGCGGCGUCAACGUGGAGAACUACCUGGUGGCCACCGCCAACGACUUCAUCAGGAACAGGUAUGGCGGCUUUGCGUUCGGCAUGCCGCUCCCACCCGACUUGCAAAUGGACAUCACAGCCGUGCCCAACAACCGAACGCUGUCUAAGGUCUGGUUCAAUCCUGAAGGCUAUCACACAAUGCCAGCAUACUUAAACAGCCUCAGCAACCUCAUCCUACGCUCCAAUCUUCCGGCAGACAAGGAGCCGCAGAAAUAUGCUAUUUCAGUUUCCAGCCACCCCUACUUUGGUCGGGCGGAUGAUGAAGAUGCAAUCGUCCAGGGAAUGCUCCAGAUCAUCGUGGCCAUGUGCGUGCUGACCGGUUAUUCCAUCACAACAGCCAGCUUCGCCAUCUACGAAGUUCAAGAGCACCACAGCGGGUCCAAGAGGCUCCAGCACAUCGCAGGCAUCAGCGAGCCUUUCUACUGGGCUGUGAACUUCUUCUAUGACAUGGUCGUCUAUUUGAUCCCAGUGACGCUGACCGUUGGCGUGAUCGCUGCCUUCCAGAUUCCAGCAUUUACAGAUCGACAGAAUUUGGGCGCCAUCACCCUCCUGCUGCUGAUGUUUGGGUUUGCUACCUUCCCCUGGAUGUACCUCUUAGCGGGCGUCUUCAAAGAUGCAGAGAUGGCCUUCCUCACCUACGUGUGCAUCAACCUCUUCAUCACCAUCAACACCAUCAUGUCCACCUCCAUCCUCUACUUCAUGGGUCAAAUCUCCAAUCACAACCCGGAGAUCAUCCAAGACAUCUACCAUUCGCUGAACCACAUCUUCCUCAUCUUCCCGCAAUUCAACUUCGGGAACGGGUUGCUGCAGCUGGCCAGAAUGAACGUGGAGGUCCAGAUCCUCAGCGGCUACGGAGUCGACGCCUACCGGGACCCGUUUUCCAUGGAUGUCGUGGGCCGGAUGCUCCUCUCUUCCUUCAUCCAAGGCGUGGUCUUCUUGACCCUGCGCCUCCUGCUCAACAAGUUUAUCAUGCGCGGCGUGAGGCGUCUGUUCUGCCGACCAAAAGCCAUGCCCCAUGUAGCCUGCAAUGACGAGGACGAGGACGUGGUGGCCGAGCACCUUCGGGUGUCCAGCGGAGCGGCCAACUCGGACAUCCUGCAAGUCAACCAGCUCACUAAGGUGUAUCAACGCUUCAAGAGGAAGGUCCCCGCUGUGAAGAGGCUGUCUGUGGGCAUCCCAGCAGGAGAGUGCUUCGGCCUGCUGGGAGAGAACGGAGCAGGAAAAACCACCACCUUCAAGAUGUUGACUGGAGAUGUUAGUCCUACUGAUGGCACCGCACAAAUCAGGGACAGGGAUGGGCGCUUGGUAGACAUCAUGGAAUGCCGUAACAAGGGAAUCAACAUCGGCUACUGUCCCCAAGUGGAUGCGCUGGACAGCCUGCUCACUGGGGAAGAGCAUUUGUACUUCUACGCUCGCAUUCGUGGCAUCUCAAAGAGGCAGAUAGACGGGCUGGUGAACUACCUACUGAAGAGGCUGGAGCUGAACUACCACAGAAAGAUCAUUACCGACAGUUACAGUUGCGGCACUCGCAGGAAGCUCUCCACAGCGCUGGCUCUCAUUGGUCAUCCGCAAAUCCUGCUCCUGGAUGAGCCCAGCUCUGGCAUGGACCCCCGCACCAAACGUCACCUGUGGAAAAUCAUCUCUGAAGAAGUGAAAGGAAAAUGUGCCGUGGUCCUCACCUCGCACAGCAUGGAAGAGUGUGAGGCGCUGUGCAGCCGUCUUGCCAUCAUGGUGAAAGGUCAGUUCCGAUGCCUGGGCUCCCUGCAGCACAUUAAGAACAGGUUCGGCAGCGGGUUCACAGUGAAGAUGUACUUGGCCGAGGCCUCCUGUGAUGCCGAGGCAAUCACGGGCUUCAUGCAGCGCAAGUUCCCCAGCACCUAUCUCAAGGACCAGCACUCCUCCAUGGUGGAGUACCACGUACCAUUCGCUCCUGGAGGGGUAGCUGACAUCUUCGACCAGCUGGAGUCCAACAAGAUUGCUCUGCAGAUCAAACACUUCUCUGUCAGCCAGACCACACUGGAUGAAGUGUUCAUCAAUUUUGCCAUGGGGAAGAUCGGCAUGGACACCAUACCAGUGGACGACGAAGACGAUGGCCUCGACUCCAUUAAGGCUGUACAAACAUAGAAAGCUGCCGUCUUCUCUUUGCCACUUUGUCCACUGUGAGGUGAAACACAGUGUCUGCUGAAAGUAAAUCCGACCUUAAAAUAUAUGUUUAAAAAAAUAGGAUUUUAAACCAUUUAUGUUGUAAAAAUACUGAUUGUUUCUUGAAUGUCUCGACUCAUCACAUGAAGGGUAAAUUACAUUUCUAUAUUUACCAAAUCAAACUGUUAAUGACAAGCAAGCAGAAGAGCACAUGCACAUUUGCAUACAUGCACAGGUGCAGUUAAAUAAGUUAACUGCCAAAAACAACGAAUUAGUCUCAUGUUUAUUUACUGUUUCUCCUUUCUUACAGAUCGCAUCACUGUUCUUGUAUGUUUACCUUUAUUUCUCCAAAUCUAAUUAUUUAUGAAGGUUAAACUUAAUUGUGUUCUCUAAUAUUUUCUCUCUGUGGCUGCAGUGCUGUUCAUCACUAGAAUAUUUUACCACAGCAAAUAAAAAAGCAAAACAAAAUGUUUCAUUCGAUUGAGAAUUACUUUCAUUUGAGCUUAAUGCUGGCAAACCGCGAUGUUACAUCAUCUUCAGGCACCCACUCAACAAAUAUAUAACUUGUGUGAAGAAGUACAUUUUUUAAUCUGAGGUAAUUAGGCCCACUAGAUGAAAUUUGACAAAAGAAAUAUUCACUCAGAACUCAAUGUGCACUUUUCCCCUUCUCAUUAACACUACCUCUAAGGGCAUAGCUAACUUUUGGAAUGAAUAUACUGAAUAUUUAAUGGACUUUCCUGCUUAUUGGCCAGCUUCACAUGGUCUUGAAUGUAUCGAGCCUAUUUUUAUAAUUGUAAUAAAGCUAUUUUUCAAGUGCAA